AUGGCUCUAGAUCCAUGGCUGCACGAGGACGACAAUCUGGUAAAGCAGGCCUUGUACGGCAGCGGAGAGGAAUCGCUUGAUGGCCUCGUAGCUCCCUUGACCCAUUCGCCUCGAUUGGGCAGAAGCCUUUCGUCGGUCCAAGCGCUGUGGCCGGCAAGCUACGACGAGCACAAAGACUUGACAGAGUGCAUUGCAGCAUGGCAAGAGACAGGAGGUCGGACGUUUCCAGACUUUGGACGCAUCGUUUCGCGAAGUCCGGGAAGCACACAACGUUUGAUGGGAAAUGAGGCCGGCAGAAGUGAGCUCUUCGGACCGGCCCUAGUCCUCAACGUGGGAGGCACUCUCUUCAGGACAACGCCAAGUACCUUGCGGAAGGCACCCUUUUUUGAUUCCAUGUUGCGACACACGGUGGAGGGCGGUUUUGGUGCAACUGUUGACAGCGAAGGUCACUACUUCGUGGACCGAUCGGGUUUUCUGUUCAGACAUGUUCUGGAAUACUUGCGCACGGGCUUCUGGCUUCUGGGGGAGAAAGCCUGUGACCUGGAGUUCAUAGAUGCCAUCCGGGCAGAGGCCAGCUUCUACGGGCUGGAAGGAAACCAGCAGUUGCCGGUACCACGCAUCACCGAAUAUGUGUCCGUUUGGCAGCACAAAGAUGACACUUCGAUCUAUGUGGACUGUCUCGAGCAGACCAUCCGAGAGGAUCGCGAUCAUCAAGGUCUCUUCCGGCUCUGCAAAUACUUUGGCGGCCUUCCGCUUGACCAGCAAACGUGCACAAAGCGAUUCAAGGCCACAUCUCACUGCAUGCAAUCUGUCCUGUCGUACUUCGGCAUGCGUGGUUUCUCGCUGCAGCAUGUGGUGGAGGCCCCGAUGAUAACGCACGUGACGUCAGCAGACGGUCAGAGCCGCAGCGGGCCGGGCACGCAGUACAUGCUCUCGAGGACCUUAAGCGUCAUAGUGGAUGGUGGAUACGAUGGUCUGGCCAAUGCGCCGGCAUCGAUAUCGGGCCUGGCCUGUGCUGUUCUGCAAGAAAUCGGUGGUUUCAACAAGGAAGAGUUAGAAGCCGUACAACAUCAUCUUGACCAAGUCCCACUCAAACUUCUUGGAGAGCUGUGCGAGGACAAGUUGAUUGAACUGGCUUCGGAUGCUGAGCUGGCAGUCUUUUUGGACACUGCAGAAUCGCCCAAGAAUCCUGCCAUUAUUGAGGUGCGGCCAAGGGACGGUCCUGCUCUGCCGGAGGUGAUCACAGGACAGCGAACAACCCACGCAGGAUGGCAGGCGGCAAACCUGGAGUCGCCAGCCCGCGGAACAAUUACAGGUUUUGAUGCCUCCCCGGAGACCGCUGUGCAGGAGAUUGCACGCACGGCAGCUGACUGCCCUGAUCAAAGGUCAUCGCGACUGAAGAAUGGUUGGCACGACUCUGCAAGACCAUCCGAGUGGUCUGAACGAGAGCUGAAGGAGCAAUUAGACCUGCAGAGGGAAUUGGAAGAGAAGGAGAAGCAACUGCAGUGGCAACAGCAACAGCUGCAGAAGCAAUUUGACAGCACUUCCGGCCAAGAAGCUCGUGAUGACGAACGGCGCAGUGAGCCUGGUCUUCAAAGAGGAUUGUUGCCAGCUUCGAGCAGUUGGAACUUGCCCGAGAACAACAUGUCACAGGGGGCACAGGCGGCGGCGAGACGUACCUUGCAUCACUCUCCAUCUGCUCCUGAGUUCGCCAGUGCAGGGCAGGAGAAGACAGGUCCGAGCUCUUCCAGAAACUCUGGGCUGCAGGGGAGGACAACCUCCAGGCAGCAGCGCUCCGUCACGCCGGAUGCUCCAAGAAGACGCCCGGUCAGAGCUGCAGCUGAACACGAGGUUUCGGCAUCGUUGCGAGUUCCAAGUUCUGGGAAACAUGUGCCAAAGCUCGAGCGGGAGGCGCCUGUGCACAUUCGUCUCUACCAGGAGAAGGAUGAUCGCCGAAGACGCCUUGAACAGGCUCGGCUGCGGCGCUUGGAGCAGGAAGAGGAGGACCUGAGGCUGGCGGCCGAGAGAGCUUUAGGAAGGCAGCCGAGCCCAGCCAGACCACGCCGUGAUCCGAGCCCAGGUAAGAUGCUUGCGGGUCCCGGCGGUCCAAGCUCUGUGGGCAGGUCGGAUUCUCCUGCCAUCAGGGCAAGACCUCCGAUUCCUGACAGGCCAGGGAGUGCCGGACGAAGUCGUCAGGUAAGCGAAGGCGCGUCAUCAGGCGUUGGGAAAGCUGCUGGCACUCGGUGGAGAAAAGCAGGGCCGGGCGAGCGCACUCAGAAGCAGGAGUCUGAGCCCAACGACAGCGAUCCCACGUUGCCCGGUGGUCUUGAGACUUCCAGCAUCGCCUCUGUAGCGUCUGACUCUGGAGCGGUUUGCCAACACAGCCUGGUCUCCGUUGGAACCGGCGUUGAGGACAGUGUGUGUGGCGAGGCGGCCACCUCGGCUGGACACGAAGAUGAGGUUCAGCGCCUUCGACAGAUGGUGUCGUCCCAACAGCAGAGGAUCGAUUUCCUGGAGAACAUGCACCAGCAGGCUUUGCGGCAGCUGCGCAAGUCCCGAGAGGAGCUGGCACAGGCACAGCAGCAGCGUCUCCAGGAGGCUGACAAAGUCUUGGGCUUGGAGCAGCUCAUCAGCGAAUUGCAGGUGCACCGAUUCGAGGGCAGGAAUUCGCAGUGGGAGGAGUGGCUCCGCCGUGCGCGAGGAAUCCUUGAAGGGGAAUGA